AAAAGAAAAUACAGAUGGAGAAGGCUAGCCGGCUCGCUGUGUCACAGAGAGUCCCCUUAAGCCUACGUGACAGCUCACAUACUGUCCCUUUGUGACCAGCUUAAUCGGCAGAAUGCCCGCUCUCUGUGUGCUUUGUCUCGCCGCCGCGCUGGCUGCGUUCACCCGGCUCGCCGGUUCCGUGGGGCCGGUGAUCCGAUGCGAGCCGUGCGACGCCGGGGCGCUCCUGCAGUGCAAGCCGCUGCCCAAGGACUGCGCGGAGCGGGUGCGGGAGCCCGGCUGCGGCUGCUGCAUGACGUGCGCCCUCGGCGAAGGAGACGCAUGUGGAGUGUACACGGCGCGCUGUGGCUCCGGCUUGACCUGUCAGCACCAGCCGGGGGAGAGCCGACCCCUGCAAGCCCUGCUGGAGGGACGGGGAGUGUGCUCCACCGCUGCGUCCAAAAAACUCUGCAGCAUUCUAAUUCCGGCGCAAAAACAAGAAAACACCGGAAAUCAGGUAGAGGAAGGCAUUGCCAACGUAACUGCUACAAUGACGGUGUUGCCCGGCGUGGCGACAGUAAAGGGCGGGCACAGUCGGAUGUCGGUGGAUACCAGGCCUCCACUGCACAGCAAACUGUUCCAGAAAGAUCAAAACAAGAAGACUCAGAGCUACAAGGUGGAGUCUGUGUCUGGAGGAGCCAUUAUGGAGAUGCACAACUUCUCCCUGGAAAACAAGAGGGAGAUUGAGUAUGGACCUUGUCGACGGGAGAUGGAGAGCAUCCUGAACAGUCUUAAAAUCAGCAACGUUCUCAUCCCGGGAGGCUUCCGCAUACCCAACUGUGACAGAAAAGGUUUCUACAAGAAAAAACAGUGCCGUCCAUCCAAAGGCAGGAGGCGGGGUUACUGCUGGUGCGUGGACAAAUACGGGCAGCCUCUACCCGGCUUCGACCGCAGGGAACGGGGCGAGACACAGUGCUACAACCUGGAGAGCAAAUGAGAAGACAGACGGAGGGACAACAAGUGGACAGGGAGAGGAGGACAGAGAGAAAAGGGUGGGAGAGAAAAUGAACAAGAGCCUGCUUUGCUCUUGCAUUUAGAUUCAUGUAAACAUUUGAAGGAGCUCUGGACCUUUGAUUUCAGGUUUCUGUCGGUGAGGGAGGGACUUGGUAGAGAGCAAGGGGAGGGAAGGGGGAAGGAAGCAACUGGCCGAGCCUCCUGUCCAUCACAGCUAUCUGUCCUGUGCUUAGGGAAGCUCUAUCCUUUCUUUCUCUGAAAAAAUUAAAACCGAAUAAGCUGAAAGCUGAGAGAGAAGCGGAAAGAGAGAAUCCUAUCAUCAUCUGCACUAUUCUUUUAGAGAGAGAGGAAGGAGGGACUUUUCCACUCACUUUAAAGAGGACCUCUUUGUGACUGUGACCCCCAAAAAAAAAAAAAAACAAUGCACCAUCACCAUUUCUGUGUGUGUGUGUUUGUGUGUCUGUGUUUGUGUGUCUGCAUAACAUACGUGUGCACAGCUGCAUGUCUGUGCAAGAUGCUGUGUGUGUGUGUGUGUGUGUGUUUAUUUGUGUAAAUACUAUAUGUCACUGAGCUCAGUUUAGACAUGUCAGACUGCCCCUCCCCAGCUUUUGCUCCAUUAAACAAUGCAGAAUAAAAACAGCACUCUCUGGCUCAGGGUCCAUUUUGAAGUGAAGGAUUGUGGGAUAGCAGGGCUUUGACUUCCUCUCCAGCACAAGGGCCUUCCUUUCUGCCUCAAUGCUCUGCAGUUUGAAGGUAGCGGAGGCAAACUGUGCUGUUAUGUGCCUUAAAAAUCAACCUUUCAGUGUCUCCCUGCCCCUUCACCCCCUGUAGUCCAGGUUAAAGGAAUACUUCAUUGGAAAGUCUUUUCAGGGCCAAAUACUCCACAGACUUGAAGGACAGAUUAGACUUGUAUGGAUUUUGGCCUCUCAUUCAACAUGCAUGCAAGUGUAGACCUCUAAAGUUAGGAUAUUGUGCCAUCACACCUAAAUUAGGAUGUUCCAGCACUGCUUUGUCUAAUGAAAAUAAAACACCAACAACGGCAGAUAUAUAUAUAUAAGUACUUACAGAUUUGUGACCUUAGCCGUUAAAAAAGUUAAUCUGCACUCCUUCGAAAACACUCAAAAACCGCACCAUCUGCAGUUUUUCUUUUACCACCAGGCAAUAAGCUUAGAAUGUUCUUGUCUGGUAUCCAACAUAUCGUCGAUGUAGACUUUAUCACCACUUGCUGGUCUGGCAUAUAUUUUUGAGUGUCUUUUGGGAUUUCAGAUAUUUUGUUAAACUAAGAUUACAUGGACUAAAUUUUUCUUAAAUCACAGAGGAAGAUAUCCAUGUUACUGUGGGCGGGGCCUAUAGAAUGCUUUGCUCACUUUUAAAAUUCAGUCAUCUGAAACCAGUCCCCCUCUUGGUUUUGCAAAGCUGCCGCUAUACUGAUCAGCUAAAAACACAACUUCAGUUGGGUGUUGGAGCUUUAAAAAGUACUGUGUGCUGUCUGUCUACUCCAAAUUUCAGCCCUUGACCCAUGCCCUACCCUUCCACCAUGUUUCAUGAAAGUAGGUUAGUUUUUACAUAAUCCCACUGACAGACAGACAAACAAACAAGCACCGGUUAAUUUAUAGCUACAUAGCCUCCUUGGCCGAGGUCAUAAUGAGUCUUUUGGGUAUCCAAAAUUUACAAGAGAGAGAAAAGCAGUGUGUAACUCUGAGUCUCCAUGGGAAAACUCUGUAACUCAUGUAAAUCCAAGUUUUCCACAGCCAGUGAGUAAGCGAACAUACAGGCAGUAAGUGUUUAAAGACGCCCUCACCUCAAAAACAAGCUGUUUUAAUGUUGCUUUCACUGUGACAGGUCUGACAAUGUCCACAUUCAUCUGUUUCUCUGAGCUCACCUUAAAUCUCCCUUUAAGACGUGUACCUACCAGCAGGAUCGGUGAUAUCACAGCUGGUCUGGAGCCAGUUAUGAUCUAAUAUGAAACUUUUACAACCGAAAACACUUCUAACCCUGUUACCAUAAUAAAACAUUGGCAUUCUAUAUUUAUGCAAAUCAUGAACACAUAUAAUCUCUGUCAUAUAUCAUAUCUGUUUUUUGUUGGUAUUUGUAUAUCAAUGCUACAGUGUUUUAAUGGCCAUUUUGUAAAUUAUUAAGGCCAUAAUAAGAUUUUAGAGGGGUUAAUAUACAAAAAGUCAGCAAAGACAUCCAGAUGCACAGUCUGUACAUAACGCAAACCAGUGUUUUCAUGGCCCAAACUAAAACUUAUGGGAGUUGGGAUAUAUUGUAUGUGUACUCUACUAUAUUGUGACAUUUUCUGAAUCCACCUCCCACCCCAACCCCUCCUGCCUAUUGAGAAAAGGAGACAAAAAUAGUCGAUCCUUCACUGGCUGAAAUGAUGCUGAACUUAUACAUAUCUGUGUUGUUCAGAAAUGUACAGUGGCAAUGUUUUAUUCUGGCAAAACAUUAACCAACUCCAAUAUAUUCACUGAACAUUUUUUUGAAAAAUAGUUAUUAUGCAGAUCUAGUGUUUAAUAGUGUCUUUUGGCAUGGUUGAGAGGGAUUUUUAACACCCAAAAGACUUUCUGUGAAGUAUUCUUUUAAAGUGCACACAUGCCACCCUGCAGUUGUGCAGUUCACCCAAGUUAGACUAGACUGUCUCUUUCCCAAAAUCCUUCACUUCCUGCCUACAUCCUUUUCUGUCCCUUUUCAGCUUGUGUCCACACACUUAGCGUCCUGUGUCGUCUCCUCCUCUCUUUCCGGUGUUGAAGUCCUCCCAUCCUUCUAUGUCCAAAAAGUUGUUCUUGUCUGGAUCUCUGUGCCUAAUCCCAUCCCUGUCAUGACUAACUCGGUCUCCAGCACCCCUCUCACCUCCAGUCCUCUUCCUGUCAGUGGUGCAUCCUGGUGUAGGCUUGUUUGAUCUGGGUGAGCCCCGGUGUGACCGGCUUGCCCUGCCGCAGGUGCCAGCUGCCCCUAUGCUUCAAGCCCAAGCACAAGCACUUAAAGCACUUUAGCUGCGCCGCUACUCGUCAAUGCAUGCAGUUAAAGACAAUUGGACCUAUCUGCAUCUGCAUACCUUUCCUUAGAGGUAAUGUCAGAUGAAACAGCGUGAUACUGUAAAAUAAACAAUAAUAACCUGGAGUGAAAAGAAAGAAAGAAAGAAAGAAAGAAAGAAAGAAAGAAAGAAAGAAAGAAAGAAAGAAAGAAAGAAAGAAAGAAAGAAAGAAAGAAAGAAAAAGAAAAGUAAAACGAAGCUACACCAGGACUGACAGUGAACACCCCUCGGAAAUUUUCCAUUCAAUGCAACUAUUUUCUUUUUUUGUUGUUGUUGUUGUUUCUUUGAAAGAUGCUUGUAUGAUCGUAUGCCAACAAGUCUCCACAAGGUGGACACAGCACCAAAUAUGCAUUCACACAAGUGGUAGGGGGUCUGAGGUAGGAGGCGUGGUCCUCCCUGAGGAGCUUCCUGCCUGAUGCUCUCCCACAUCCUGUGUAAAGACUUGAAAAGUGGAGAGUGCCGACAAAGAAUGCUUGCCCAGUAGCUUGGUAGCAUAAAAUCGGCUGUACACUUCCUUUAAUAGACAGCAGCAACUUACAACCAGCCUGUUGGUGCUAUAUCCCAUCUAUUCAAAGACUUGAGUUAAGGGGAGGAACAUAAAAAUAUGUUUAAGCUAUUACCCCUCCCUCAUAUUUGUAAGUGUGUCUUUUUAUAUAUAUUAAUAUUAUUAUUUCCUGGCCAGCUAUGUGUCUGACUAGACAUCAUGUACAGUACUUAAAAAUAAAAAUAUUUAUCUAAGAAAGAAUUAUAAGCUGAUCCAAACUAGGUUUUCUUAUGAACAAUUCAGUGACUCACCGAUUGCACAGCAAAGUCCAUAUGAUUCAGUGUAUUUUGGGGAAUAUAAUCACUAAUGAAUGUUUUUUUUUUAAUUAAUGAACAUUUUUCUUCUCUUGCUCAGCAGUGUCAUUUGUAAGCUCUACGCCCACAGGGCGAGUUUUAGCCGCAGGUAAAUCUGUGUCAGUCAGGCACUCAGGUCUCUGGUCGUCUUUGUUGUAAGGCCAGUGAACCUCUCACCUCUCAGUUAAGUCACUUCUCUCCAUGAAAACCCAGCCAUCCCACCUCCCUAAGUGGAGAAACGGGGUCACACCUCUGUAAUGUCACUUUUUCUUUUAUUUUUUUUCCCUACUGGUCACGUUACAAAUCUCUCUGUUCACGGGUAAAUGUAUUUUGUUCUUCAUUUUAUCCUGAUUCAAGCUUUUCACAAUACUAAACUAGAAAUCACACAGUUAUUGUUUUCUCUGAGAAAGGAAAUGACUUUGAUUCAAAAUAUAAUUUGUAUUUAAUGUCUUUUUUUUU